GAAGUCCCAUCUAUUUCCGGGUCAUGACCGCUUCCCCCGCCCCCAGCUGGGUUGUACUUGUCAGUCCUGAGGUGAAAAGUGGCUGUCGCUGGGGCCCGGCUUUUUCUCCUGACGGAGUUUUCUUCUCCCCGGGAUUGGAGUGGAACAUUUUUCAAAUUGUAGUCCAUGAACUGCACAAGCUACCCUUAACUCAAGAUGCAUCCAGACUUGUCUCCUCACCUGCACAGUGAAGAAUGUAAUCGAGUUAUCAGUCUGCUCAAAGAGUGUCACAAAGAACACACCUUUUUGAGAUUUUUUGGCCACUGCAAUGACCUUGACCGUGAGAUGCGGAAAUGCUUAAAGAAGGAGUACCAAGAAAACCGAGCCAAGAGCCAGGCACAUGCUGAAGAGAUGCGUCAGAGGCUCAUUAAUGCUUCAAAACACUCAGAGAACUGAGCUAUGUUGCAGCUGGACAGCUAUACAUCAUAUGGACAUUUGGCUGAAAGCUAAAGGAACAUAUCUUGUUUUGUCUUCUAUACACUUGGAUAUAAAAUGCUGUUUCCUCAACUGCUAAUGUUUGUAAUAAAAAUUGCUGAAGUUUACACUUAUUGCUGACAAGAUACUUUAAUUGUUUGGCGAGAGAUUUAAUGGACUAUAACUGAUUUUUCUAGAGUUGCCAUAGUGCAAACAAUACCUACAUUUGAGAGGAAAACAGGGUUAAAUAAAAAUAAUAAGCAUGUUCUGUUGUUGGACUCCUAAAACAAGAUAAGCUGUAAGCUGGGACCUUUAAGUAAAAUAAAUUGGCUACAAAAUCUUAACCUGAGGUUUCAUCUUCCUUUUAAUGUUAUUCAUUUACAGUGUAUGUCUCAAGUUCUUUUUCUCUCCCUUUUAAAAAACAAGCCAGCUUGAGAAAGUCAGGAGAAAAAAUGAUCUUCUUGUAGUUCAAUUGUUUUAUUCUUUAAUCAGAACUAAUCCAGUGUUGUGAACUGUGUGUAGAUAACUCCAUUUGGGGUAGCAAACUGUUGUAUAUUGAUCCCCUUAGAGGGGCAAUGGACCUAAUAUAUCUGGACUGCCCAGGAAAGGGGUGGACAGUGCAGAACACACGUUUUUGGGGAAAUCCGGAACUGGGAAUGUGUUGGGUGUGCAAGUGGUGACUAAGGCUGGGGGAAACCACAGUGUGACCGAUGUGUGGCUGGCAGGCUGCAGCUACACACAGACACUCAGGGUGUGACUGCAUGCUGGUAGGCUGUUUGUGGAGGAUUAAGGUUGCAUACCAAUCAAUGGGUCCUGCUGUAUGGGGCCCUAGAAGCUUUGGCCCAUGUGUAAAUAAAAUUUAUGAAUCCUA